GUAAUAAUGCUGAAGAUCGCCGUCGCCCUUUGCCUUGUCGCUUCCGCUCUUUGCGCCAAGUGCGAGUCGCCAAAGUACUCGGCCUCGUCAUUCUCCACUACCGACGGAUUCUUCCACUACAAAACCACCUUCAUCACCGAGUUCACACUUCAAUGCAGCAACAACCCGAAGAAUAUCCAAUACACUGCUGAAGUAAACGGUCGCCUUAUCCCAGUCUCGAUUUCCGACGAGACCGCCAAGUUCCAAGUCUCAUGGACUCUUGAGCACAAGGACGCCGGAGCUCAAACCUUUAAUAUUAACAUUUUCGACGAGGAGGGAGCCGCUCAAUACGCCAAGAACCCUGUCACCAAGCCACUCUUCACCGUUCAACAAAGCCAUGGGGGUCUCGCCACGAAGUCUCCAAUCUCUUCCGAGACUGUCGCCGUCAUCAUCGUCGUCAUUGGCCUUUACUACGCCAUUCGUCAAAAGACCGAACUUGUCCACUAAAUAUCAUUGUUUUUAUCCCCAAAUUACUGGUCAACGCACGUUUGCGUGCUGGGUUUUUGUUCUUUUUGUUUUUAUUUAUAUAUACAAAAUGUAAUUUAUUGAUUUUUGCCCCUUUUUCCACCCCAUUCGUGUAUUUAUAAGUUCAGUAGCCCCCAAAUAGCCAUAAAUUGAAAUUUAAUU